UUUGUUUUUAUCUCCAUUUUAGAGAGCACUGUCGCACUAGAACAUGACUGGGGCCGUGACAGAGCACAGCAGCGGUGCGCCCACGUCUCAUAUUCAUAACAGUUGGCCAGCGAACCAUACUAAUGGGUGACUUAGAGAAAGAGAUUGUGGAAGAGAUGAAGGGGGAUGGCUGUGGGACAGCAGCCUCCAGCACUACAGCAUCCACCACAAAUGCUACAUCACUCAGCUCUAAACCCAACACUCCCACAGGCACGCAGGUAAUUCAGCAGACAUUACACAGGCCACAGAGCAUGACAGCUCAGUACCUGCAACAGAUGUACGCAGCCCAACAACAGCAUAUCCUGCUACAGACAGCUGCCUUACAACAGCAGCAUCAGCAAAACCUCACUGCUACACAAAUCCUAGCCAAUGCACAGCAGGCCUCACAAACUAAUGGCAGGCAACCCUCCUCCUCCCCUCCAUCUUCCAAUGGGAAUGUAACUCAGCUGGCUAGUGUGUCUCAGACAUCAAUCACAAUGACGACCUCUCCGAUAACUCAGCCAAUCGGCCGCAUCCAGGCCACCAGCUCCAGUAGCACAGGGAGUGCAAUAUCCCAGCAGACCAUGCUUCUAGGUAACACCUCUCCCACAGGUAGCCAGGCCCAAAUGUACCUGCGCACACAGAUGCUGAUUCUCACCCCUGCUGCCACUGUAGCUGCUGUUCAGCCUGAUUUAACUAUCGUGAGUUCCAGUUCCCAAUCAGCAUCAACACAGGUUCAGAGUUUGGCUCUUCGCACACAUCUCCCUGGAGCUCUUGCAACUCCUCAAAGCAUCCAGAUAAAGCCCUCCUCUCAUUGCCCGACAUUGGUGACCCCCCUUCCCAAAAUGUCCAUUUGUCCACUGAAGUCAACACAACUGUCUCAGAAACUGGUAGAAACUUCUAGAAGUGGGUCACUGUUGACUGAUGUCACUCAGCCACCAUCAACCCACCCACUCAUUGCCCCUUCAACUUUCUCACCAGUCCAGUCUCAUACUCUGGUCAGACACCAGCUGCAUUGCCCUUCUAGCCAGAGGGUGGCGCCACACCAGCUCAUCAUUCAACAGAGUGCCACUGCUCACAGACAGGUCCAGCCCAUUGCACUGCGUGUCACACCACAGGGCAGCUCUCCUCCACCCCUCACCCUGCAGACCCGUACCACUCACACUACAGCCACCGUCCAAUCAGAGCACACCGAGCUCCUCUCAGUGCCCUCCUCUCCAAAUCAACCAGCCAAUCAGGCACCUGUUCAACAGCAAGCAGUGGUGUCUACCUCUAUACUCCCCCCUGCAUCACUGCCUAACCCUCCACCCCUUCAUCUGGGGCCAGCGAUAGAGCCUGUCUCCCAAUAUUCACCUCUGGCCAGUCCCCCUCCCCUCACCAUGGCCUUGCCCAGACUGGCCCAGCCGCAGAGGCUAUCUCUGCGCUCAGUUCAGACCAUGGCUGUCCAGUCUGACCACAUGCUGGUGUCUGAAGAGGAGCUCCCAGUUGCAGAAACACUGGUCCAGCUGCCUUUUCAAAACCUUCCACCACCACAGACGGUGGCAGUGGACUUAAAGGUGCAACCUGCCACACAAACAGAAGCUCCCUCGGCAACCCAGCUGUUGAAGGAGAAUGAAAGCAUGAAUUUGGAAAAGGAUGUGGAACAUGUGUGUUCUCAGAGGAACAGAACGCCAACCCCGCCACCACUGUCCCCUUCAGCCGAGCCACAGACGAGCUCUGAUGAUGUAACAUCCCAACCGGAAAACUGUUCAGCUGAAAUGGACCAACCGUGCUCACCAUCAAGCAGAUCUGUGAUCCGGUCACCGGAGGACUCUACACAUGCCAACACUUCCCCCCCUCCCCUCCUCUCUUCUGCGGUAAGAAGCACCAGCAGGCUUCCCCCAGCCAGCCUUCCAGGGAACCCUGAGGGGCAGCCCUCACAGGCCAUCGUUAGACCUCACAUCCUCACACACCUCAUUGAGGGCUUCGUCAUCCGAGAGGGCCUGGAGCCAUUCCCGGUGAGACGUGCCUCCCUGGAGAUGAACCUGCAAGCCACGCUGCCAGAAGAUAGAGAGAGAGCUGCUAAUGGAGAAUCAGCCCAGGAUGACUGCCUGAUGGAUGCAGACCAACCAGACAACUCUACUGAUUCCGACAUUGAUAACCCUCCUGCUGAGGAUGAACAGACAGUUGAAAACCUGACUUAUGUACUUAAGUGUGAGUUUUGUGGGAAGAGAGGCUUUGCACAUACCUUCCUCAGAUCCAAACGCUUCUGCUCCAUGACAUGUGUCAGAAGAUUCAAUGUGAACUCUAAAAAGCGGCUUAAACUGUUGAGGGCAGAAAAGAUUGGCCGCUGGCCCCACAGACUCAUGGACAGACGAGGAAGAACCCCUAGUCGUAUAAACAGCAGGUCUGGGAAACACUUCCUCAGACAGCUGCAAGUCUCCAGUCGCACUGAUGACAACCAGAGAGUAUCCAAUUCCUCAACAUGUAUCGAGAGAAAGGAAGAAGAUCCACCAGGCCCAAUGACAACAAGGCUGCGUUUGCAGGCCGUGAGAGAGAAGGAACAAGACAGAGAAAGACAAGAGAGCAGGGUGGAGAGUUGCAGCAGCUCUGACUGUCUUCUUGACUCUAGUCCCUCACAGUGGAGUGUGGAGCAAGUGUGUUCCUUCAUCAGCUCUUUACCAGGGUGCCAUGACUUUGCUCCGGAGUUCCAGUCUCAGGAGAUUGAUGGACAGGCCCUGUUGUUACUGACAGAAGACCACCUUAUGAGUGCUAUGAACAUUAAACUGGGCCCUGCACUCAAAAUCUGUGCACAAAUCAACUCUCUUAAAUAAUC